AUGGGAUAUUGGCCUAAUUAUCUGUACACAUAUCUUGCCGAUAGCGCUUCGAUCAUCGAAUGGGGUGGGGAGAUAAUCAACUCACAACCAGAUGUUGACAUGUCAAAAUCGGGGAUUUCACUCCUAUCAAGUGUCCUCGUUGAUGGCAGGGUUCGCGGCCUCGUUGGUGAUAAUCCUGGUGAAUUCAGCUUGGCUCAAAUUUGGGUUGUAGCUGGUCCGGCCGACGAUCUCGAAACUGUUGAAGCUGAGUGUACAAUAAUUAGGAGACGGAGUGGUAAGACUUUAGUCAAAAUGAUUUCCAAUUUACAUAAUGACGCUUACCAGAAACAAGAGUGUUACAAUUUGCUAUGUCCCGGCUUUGUUCAGACUUCUAGCCAAGCAACACUUGGUGGUACGAUCGUAACUAUAUCGACUUACCAUGACACCCAAAUUAAGGAUUCAGGAACACAAGUAUGGUGGUUAAGCGUUCAGACCAACACCACAAUAGGAUAUUGGCCUGAUUCUCUAUUCACUGAUCUUGCGGAUAGUGCUUCGGCCAUCGAAUGGGGCGGAGAAAUAAUCAACACUAAACCAAAUGGGCAACACACCACAACACAAAUGAGAAGUGGCCAUUUUGGUGCAGAAGGAUUUGGAGGGGCUAGUUAUUUUAAGAAUCUUCAGGUGAAAAUCAGAUCAAGACAACCUCUGAAACCCCGUCUUCCUACGACAUUACUCUGUCGAGAAAUGAUGAAUCUGGAUACAACUUCUUCUUUGGUGGACCGGGAAGAAAUCCUAAUUGUCCAUAAAAAAAAAAUAGUACCAAUUUCAGACCAGUUGGAUACAUUCUAG